AUGUUUCGCAAUGCGUUGCGGAAACUUUGCCCGGUGCUAGACUUCGAGCAGUAUCCACCUACCCAGGUAAGCAGUAGUGUUAAGUGUAGUUUCUCCGCUAUGGGAAACGUGUCCUGUAACAACCUUCACAUCCCUUCACCCAAGGGCCCACAUGCUGCAGGAUGCACUGACUUUAUGAUGGAUCACACAGUACAGGGCAGCUUUUUCCGCCUUUACUAUCCUUGCGAAAAGAUGGCCAACGAAGAGAUGCCAGACUGGAUCCCGAGCAGAGAGUACUUUAACGGGCUGGCAGACUUUAUGAAAAUCAACAGGACUUUUAGUGAACGAAUCUUCAACUGCCUUUUUGGGUCCUUCAAGAUCCCAGCCUACUUAGAUGCUCCAUUUGACUCAACAAAAAAAUGCCCAGUUGUUAUCUUCUCGCAUGGCUUGGGGGCCUUCAGGACUUUGUAUUCAGCAAUAUGUACAGAACUAGCAUCUCAGGGAUUCAUCGUAGCCUCUGUGGAACACAGAGACCUGUCUGCAUCAGCCACGUAUCAUUUUCGACUGAAGAGUGAAUUGGACACAGCCAACAAGAAUUCCUCACAAAAUUCACUAAAAGACACCCUAGUGAGGGAAUGGAUGUACUACAGGAGACUGCAACAAGGGGAGAAAGAAUUCCCCCUCAGAAACCAGCAAGUGCAACAGAGGGCAGAAGAAUGCAUCCAUGCACUUCAUAAACUAAUGGACAUAAACUCGGGGGUGCCAGUUCAAAAUGUUUUAAAUACGAAAUUUGACUGGAAGACUUUGAAGGACUCCAUAGAUCUUGACCAAGUAGCUGUGAUGGGUCAUUCCUUUGGGGGAGCAACAGCAAUAGAAGUGCUAGCCAAAGAGGUGAAAUUUAAGUGUGCUGUCGCACUCGACGCAUGGAUGUUCCCAUUAAAAGAUGAAACAUUUCCUCAAGUGAGUCAACCCAUCUUCUUUGUCAACUCGGAAAGGUUCCAGUGGCCGGAGAACAUAAAACGCAUCAAAAUGUUGGACUCGUCGGACAUAGAGAGGAAAAUGAUUACAAUCAGAGGAACCGUGCAUCAGUCUUUCCCAGACUUCACCUUUUUGACAGGAGACUUUAUUGGAAAGUUGAUGAAGCUGAAAGGUGACCUUGACCCAGAAGUUGGGAUAGACCUCUCAAACAAAGCAUCGCUUGCAUUUCUGCAACGACAUCUUGGUUUGGAAAAUAACUUCGACCAGUGGGACCCUCUGAUUGAAGGGAAUGAUGAAAACCUCAUUCCAGGAACUAAUGUCACAUUACUUCAGUCAGCUAUCUGA